AUGCCGGCAGUGAUGCUGCACAGUGGGGACCCCCGGACACCCCUGACCAAGGUCAUGGCAGCUUCUGGGGGCUGCAGGAGGACCUGGAUCCCGGCAGUGGCUGGGGAUCCCAGGAGGUCCAGACGCGGCAGUGGCUGGGACCCGCCGGGCAGUGACAAGGACAUCAGCAGCGACAGUGGCUUGGGGCUCCGGGGAGACCCUGACCAUGGCAGCGGCUGGGGCCCCUCGGGCAGCCCUGAAGGCACCAACGGCUCGGGGGCUGCACACCUGUUCAUCUUCUCUCUGGAUUACCAGCAUGUGCAGGUGGCCUUUGAGAUUACUCUGUGGAUCAUGCUGGCCUCACUGGCCAGGAUCGGGUUUCACCUUCACAGCAAACUGCCCUCAGUUGUUCCAGAAAGCUGCUUGCUGAUUUUUGUGGGGCUUGUCAUGGGUGGAAUCAUUUAUGGCUUAAAUGACAAAUUCCCACCCGUCAUGGACAGUGACAUAUUCUUUCUGUACUUACUCCCCCCAAUUGUCCUUGAUGCAGGCUACUUUAUGCCCAGUCAGCCCUUUUUUGAGAACAUUGGCACUAUCCUUCUGUAUGCAGUUGUGGGCACUCUGUGGAAUGUGCUUGGAAUUGGCCUUUCCCUCUAUGGCAUUUGCCAGGUGGAGUACUUCAGCUUGCGCGAUAUCUCCUUGCUCCAUAAUCUCUGGUUUGGGACCCUGAUUGCCGCCGUGGAUCCCGUGGCUGUGCUCUCAGUGUUCGCAGAGAUGCACAUGAAUGAGAAACUAUACAUUUUGGUCUUUGGAGAGUCUCUGCUCAACGACGCUGUGAUUGUUGUGCUCUAUAAAUUAUUUCAGUCUUUCAGUGAAAUGCCAUCUAUCACGACACUGGACAUAUUGGCUGGGAUGGGAAAGUUCUUUGUGAUUGGAAUUGGAGGAGUCUUCAUCGGUCUCCUGUUUGGAAUGGUUGCUGCUUUUACCACUCGCUUUACCGCGGCCACCCGUGUCAUUGAGCCCGUCUUUGUCUUCUUGUAUAGCUACCUCUCCUACCUCAGCGCAGAAAUGUUUCACUUCUCUGGGAUUGUGGCCAUCAUCACCUGUGCUAUGAGCAUGAAGCGCUAUGUAGAGGCCAACAUUUCCCAGCAUUCUCACACCACCAUCAAGUACUUUAUGAAGAUGUGUAGCAGUGUGAGCCAUACGCUUAUCUUCAUCUUCCUGGGGGUUUCGACCAUUGGUGAGAAGCAUGAGUGGAAUUGGCCGUAUAUUUGUUUCACCAUCAUUUUCUGCCUCGUAUGGCGAGCAUUAGGUGUCCUCGUGUUGACAUUCUUUGUGAAUAAAUGUCAUCUGAACACAGUCACCAGAAAGGACCAGUUCAUUAUCGCCUAUGGGGGACUGAGGGGGGCCAUCUGCUUCUCUCUCGUUUUUCUCCUCCCGAACUUUCCCCAAAAGAAGUUCUUCGUUGCAGCGACCACGGUGGUGAUCCUCUUCACAGUUUUUGUACAGGGAAUGACCAUCCGGCCUCUUGUUGACUUAUUAGAUGUGACCAGAGGAAGAGAAACUUCUCCAACUGUGAGUGAGCAGAUUCAUAUCCGAUUCUUGGACCACUUGAUGGCUGGCAUUGAAGACAUAUCUGGACACUGGGGACAAUGUUACUGGAAAGACAAAUUGGAAUAUUUCAAUAGCCAAUAUCUGCAGAAGAUUUUGCUGCGAGAUUAUGACCAGCCCAAGUCUAGCAUUGUGCUCCUGUAUGAAAAGCUGGCGAGGAAACAUGACAUUGAGCUGGUAGAAGCUGGUCAACUGGUCCAUGCUCCAGCCAGUGCACCUGAGUGCCCCGGUCAUGAACCAGCCACAGCAGCCACGGCCCCAACCCCUCUGGAUCAAGACCUCAUGGAUAAUAUACAGCAGAUAUUGGCUACCAACCUAUAUAAAAUCAGGAGAGGGAUUCCUGCAUAUAACAGGCACAGCCUUCCAGGAGAAACGGGGGCAGCCAAAGAGGCCAAAGAAAUUCUCAUCCGAAGACACAGGAGCCUGCGCCCCAGCCUUUCCAGAAGUGAUUGGGAGCCAGCUGUCACGGAGAAAGCUGCAGAAUUCUUAGUUCAUUGUGGUUACCAAAAGAAGUCAAAGCGGUGCCAAUCUCUAACUGUAGGGGAUCCUGGAGCAGUUCCUAAUGUGAAACGCAGCUGAUCCAAGUCGACAUGCCACAUCACUCCUCUGAAGUUUGGUGGCAUGGGGUGGGUUGAUGAAGAAGAAAUAGACCAAGACCAAGGAUUAUAA